GAGAAGAGUGAGGUGGUUUGAACACGGAAGCAGGAACAACUUGUCACCUACAGUCGCGUCUUAUUCAACCUGUCGACCCGGAUUUGUCAACGCGGAUUUGUGUCGUGGACGCCUCAGAGUAAACCCAGAACUACAGGAUUAAUUCUCGUUUUCUUCACCGGUGUGUCCGUGGAAAACAAAAUGAAGACGCUUUUCUUGUUUCUCGCGAUAUUUCUGCUCAGCAGUUUGGUCUCAGCACGAAAUGAUGGAUCCAAUGCCGGGGCCGCUGCGCAGAAACCGGAUGCCGCUGCGCAGUCAGCGGAUGCCGGGGCCGCUGCACUGAAACCGGAUGCCGCUGACAGGGCGCAGUCACCGGAUGACGGGGCCGCUGCGCAGAAGCCGGAUGCCGCUGACGGGGCUGCUGCGCAGAAGCCGGAUACCGCUGACGGGGCCGCUGCGCAGAAACCGGAUGCCGGGGACACUGCGCAGAAACCGGAUGCCGCUGACGGGGUGCAGUCACCGGAUGACGGGGCCGCUGCGCAGAAGCCGGAUGCCGCUGACGGGGCGCAGUCACCGGAUGACGGGGCCGCUGCGCAGAAGCCGGAUGCCGCUGACGGGGCCACUGCGCAGAAACCGGAUGCCGGGGCCACUGCGCAGAAACCGGAUGCCGGGGCCACUGCGCAGAAACCGGAUGCCGGGGCCACUGCGCAGAAACCGGAUGCCGGGGCCAAUGCGCUGAAACCGGAUGCCGCUGACGGGGCGCAGUCACCGGAUGACGGGGCCGCUGCGCAGAAGCCGGAUGCCGCUGACGGGGCCGCUGCGCAGAAGCCGGAUGCCGCUGACGGGGCCGCUGCGCAGAAGCCGGAUGCCGCUGACGGGGCCGCUGCGCAGAAGCCGGAUGCCGCUGACGGGGCCCCUGCGCAGAAGCCGGAUGCCGCUGACGGGGCCGCUGCGCUGAAACCGGAUGCCGGGGCCACUGGGCAGAAGCCGGAUGCCGGGGCCACUGGGCAGAAGCCGGAUGCUGGGGCCACUGGGCAGAAGCCGGAUGCUGGGCCCGCUGCACAGAAGCCGGAUGCCGGGGCCACUGCAGAGAAGCCGGAUGCCGCUGACGGCGUGCAGAAGCCGGAUGCCAGGGACGGUGAAGAAAGUGAAAAUGGAGAUAAAAGAAAGAAAAUUCAGCCGAAUUUUACUGGAAUGAAGGAGGAGGCAGAGAGCAGCCAUUUCUUUGCCUACCUGGUCUCGGCAGCCGUGCUGGUGGCCGUGCUCUACAUCACUUACCACAACAAGCGCAAGAUAAUUGCAUUUCUUUUGGAGGGAAAGCGAUCUACAUCCGCACGUCGUCAUAGAUCUGCUGAAUACCAGAAACUGGAACAGCAGCCGUGAUCUAAAAUCGUGCUCAUGAAGUCCUUGCCUUGGAGCAGCUGAUUGCACUGUGGUGUCUUGUGAGAAGAGGGCGUGUGGAUUUUGGCGUAAAGAUAUUUUGUCAGUGUUCGCCUUGUUGGUUUCACCUUGUGUCAAAUGGACUUUGCUCUGUUUUUUGUACCUUUUUUAGAUGCUUAUUGCAUGACUAUGCACAUGACAUUGUUGCCUUACUGAGGGAUUUGGUGAAAUGCAGCGAAGGUAAAAUUAGCAUGGUGUUUUUUUGCACUUGCGAUGCUAUUCCCGCUUUUUAGGCAAUCGUGUAAUUUGACCUGACUCAGGACAUACGGUAGCAGAUGGAAAUAUUAGCAGUUUGUAAUUCCAACUUUUUUGUUCAGUACAUCAGUGAUCACACUGUGUACUUAAAUAAGCCAUUUGAAUCUGUUAAAAAAGAAAAGAAAAAAUAAUUAGCUUUGUAAAAGUUCUGUAUGUAUGAUUUAAAUGUCGAUUAGACGAAAGGUAGCGAGACUUAAUUUAGAUGUACAGAAGUUGCACAAUGGAAUUUCUGCUUUACAACCCUAUGGUGUUGGCAAGAUAUACGUUAUAGCAACCAGAGCAUGUGAGCGAAGCUCAGUGAGCACAGAAGGAUUUUGGCCACAGUGCAAUAUUUAAGAAAAUUUGAUUGUCACCUUUAUCAUUGCUCAGUUUGCCCACACCAUGUUUCUGAAGAUGAUGCUGAUGAAGGAGCACCUCUGCUAGUGUACAAACUAUUUGGACUUAGUCAAUACAAUGUUCAAUUGGUCCAAUCCUGGCCAAAAUAACUAGAUCAAAAAUAAUAUCACAAGCAACAUGGUGCAAAGUUAGAUGUUCAUUACCAAUUUGAUGAAUGUGUAAGUGAGGGCUGCAAUUGUCUGCCUGAAAUGAAAUGGCAGUUAAUGCAUCAGCACUUAUGUCUUAUUAACAGCUAAAUUCUUUAAAAUUGGUAAAAGACUAUACUGGACUCAUAUUUGUAUGGGAAGGUUUGCGAUAAGUUUACAUCCACAAUGUCCAGGUUCACAAGCUUCAGAUGUCGGUAAAUGAGGUGAAAAUUGACUGCCGCGGACAGCGAUAAUCAUCAGACAAUAUGCAGCGACUGGUUGCGUACAACUACGUGAGCUACUUUUCCGCUUUACUCGCAUGCUCUAUGACACCCUUUAUUUUCAGAAUGAGAUGUUUGCACAGUGCUAACCCACCUCAGCUUCAGGCUGAUACCCGAACAUGUUGACAGAUUAACAGACCAAUGUUGUUUAAGUAAUAGUUUAUCAUUUAUUUAUUUAUGUAUGUUAAAAAGUUGGCUAUUUUACUGAAUGUUGUGUGGAAAGAAAAGCGCUAAAGGUAUAGCUAGUUACCAUUUAGUCCAAUUUAGUUGAAAAGGUGACUCUUUAUUGUCAGAAAUGUACAAACAUCUGCUUCCCCGACUAGUCGGCGUGUAUAAAUGGCUCAACAACUCUCUUAUAGCAUCCUGCUAUGAGUAUAGCUAGCAUCCAUUUUGUUAAUUCUAGCAAAAUACUAACUUUUCUGUUUCAGGAAUGUAUGAAUUUCCACCUCCCUAUACAUUUAAGGACGAUUAGUAAACAUGUAUAAAAAAUAUCAACAACUUUCUUAUGGUGUCCGGGAAGAAAAGCGCUAACUGUAGCUGAAAAACUUUCAUGUGUAGUAACUAGUUGACAUGUAUGAAAAGCUCAACAACGGUCUCUAGCUAGCAGCUAGCCAGUUUGUUCCUUCUAGCAAAAGGCUAACUUUUCCAUUUCAGAAAUGUAUAAAAAUCCACUAACCUGAAUUUUUUAAGAUGACUAGUAAACAUGUAUGAAAAUAUCAACAACUCUCUCAUAGCAUCCCAGGAAGGAAAGUGCAAAAUAUAAAGCUAGUGGCCAUUUUGUUCAUCCUAGCUGACAUUUUUUGUGUCAGAAUUGUAUAAAAAGUCUGACUCUCUCGCAUAUUUAAAGAUACUUGUUUAAAAUGUAUAAAAACGUCAACAAUUUUUAAUGGCAUUACAGAAAGAAAAGUGCUAAAGGUAUAGUUAGCAUUUAGUUCAGCCUAGCACGAAAAAUGACAUCUCUCAUAAAUUCUGACUUCUGUCAGAAAUGUACAAAAAUCAGCCUCCCCAAACAUUUAAAGACAACUAAUUGACAUGUAUGAAAAGCUCAAGAACGGUUUCAUAGCAUCCCAGGAAGAAAGGUGCUAUGAGUGUAGCUAGCAGCUAUUUUGUUCGUCCUAGCCAAAAACCAACCUUUCUGUUUCAGAAAUGUAUAAAAAUCCACUUCCCCCACAUUUUUUAAGAUGACUUGUAAACAUGUAUGGAAAUAUCAACAACUCUCUCAUCGUGUCCCGGGAAGAAAAGUGCUACGAGCAUAGCUAGCAGCCAUUUUGUUCAUCCUAGCAAAAUAAUUACUUUUUGGUGUCAGAAUUGUAUAAAAAUCUGCCUCCCUCGCAUAUAUAAAGAUGCCUGGGUAACAUCAACGAGUGCUAAAGGUAUGGUUAGCUGCUAUUUAUUUUAACCGAGCUGAAAGAGUGACCCUUUUCUGUCAGAAAUGUAUAAAAAUCCACCUCCCCGAACAUUUGAAGACAACUCGUAAAUGUGUAUAAAAUUAUCAACAAUCUUAUCGCGUUCCAGAAAAGAAAACCAGGUUGGGUUUAUAGCUAGCUGCUAUUUUGUUCAUUAUAGCCAAGAAAAAGUGAACUUUCUGCAUCAGGACAUUUAAACUGAUUGGUUGACAUGCUAUAUUUAUUUUGUGUAACUUAUACAGAAAAAUGUAAGAGUCUGCCGUUUUCCUCAGGGCAUUUUCGGCACCAGAGGAUGUAUGCUAAGCUAUGUUAGUCAUCUUUGCUGCACAGACACAGGAGCAGAAUCGAUCGUAUCUAUAUUCACAGUAAAUUCAAAAAGCCGGUUUCCAUAGAAUGUUGAGCCAGUCCACUGAAAGAUAACUGAGUAUAUUUUGGUUGAGGGUUAUGACUUAAAAAAAGGGUGAUUUGGAAGAGGAAAUUGCAGCGAAACAGCUGCUUUGUUUUGACCAUAGGUGUAAAAGUUGACCACUAAUGCGUUCUAUUUAAAUUUUCUUCUCGAGUAGAUGUGCGUGUUGUUUAAUGCUGACUUGUGCCAAAAUUGUGAAUGAUUUAUUGUGAUUUAAAUGUGACUCUUAUUUUUGUGCCUGUUUCAUAAAUGAAUACUAUAUUUUUUACUGGGUCAUGAUCUAUGGAAAGCCCCUUCUGUUUCAUGGAGAACAUAAAUCAAAUGUUUCUUUGCAAGUCAUAUUUCAUGUUUUGUCCAGAAAGCAAUAUUUUUUUAAUGAAAUUAAUCAUUUUCAUGUCCAGAUUUUUUUUUUUUUCUUCCUUUCAUGGCAAAACAACUGUAAAUCAAUUGAGAUGUUAACUAAUUGUUUUAAUUUAUUUCAUUAUUGCUCUCCAUAAAAACAUCCUGCUGUCCUUUUUAAAUAUUCAUUGUUGAACAAACAAAGAUAAUUGGUUAUUAAAUAAAUGCUUUUUGUACUUUCUAGGCUCA